AUGGAUAAGGACUCUAGUGAGGCACAAAAGCUACAGAUGACCCUGGCUGAAAAAGGAUCUGUAUUUUCACCCGGAGAAAUACAAGAGAUUCUAGAAGUCCUCAGAGAAGUCUCUCUGAAACUUAUCAUAACAAAUGUCCCACCGGAAGUUUUCAAGUACAGCAUUGCACAGGAAUCAUUUGAGGAAUUAUUUAGGUCGUUUGAUAAUCAGUCCAAAUUUGUGUAUCUACCAAGCUUUCAAAGGGUUUUGAUAUACAUGAACAGACCAGAAGCCGCAUUAUUGGCACGUUUGCAGACACAAGGCUGGAAACUCCCUGGACAUAUUUAUGCUAACAUUCCAGAUAGUUCAAUAAAUGUGAAUGAUAAUGGAAUUAAUUGUUAUAUUGGACAUUUUGGUGACAGUGUAGAUUCUGAUGAAAUGGAUGAAGAUGAAGAUAUUUGUGAUUGCUGUGAAAGUCCUGAAGGUUCUGUUGGAGAUGAUGAUUAUGUGGAAGAUAAUGAACCUGAUGAUUUCAAAGGAAAUGCAGAUUUUCAGACGGCUUCAACAGGCAACAGUAAAUUGUCGAACCGAGAGACGAGUGAAAUAAGCUCAAUUCAUUCCCUUGAAUUUAUCGCUUCACCUUCUGUGCCUCUACAAAGUGUCAGUAGUGGUGGCAGUUUUGGAGCUCAAAAUGAUAUGAAUGCUGGUCUAACUAGAAGUACUCCUGAGUUCGAAAGUACAAGUGAGGCCUCUGGUGACGAUAAUACCAUAAUACCAUCUUGUGUAAAUGAUGGCCAUUUGCGACAAAUAUUGUGUAAACAUGGCAAGUACAAGCGUCGUCGUCCACGUGGUUCAAUGAAACACUUAGCCCCACCAAAACCUUCUCGGUUAUUUCUGCUUUCACCACCUACUUCACCUCCUGUCGGUUGGGAACCGAAACCAGAAUCUGAACCUGUUAUUAAUUAUGAACUCUUACAGGCCUUAGCGUCAUUAGCACCAGGUGAAACAUUUGAACUUCACCCUCGUGAUCAAGUGAAUCAUCAUCCGAGUAUUGUCAUUACACCGUGUGAAAGUGAUCCAGUAUACAAUAAAACUGGUACAAAACUUCAAAUUAUACAAACUAAAUGUCCAGAUCGUAAAUGA